UUUUUUUUCUAAAUUGUAUAAACAAUAAUAGUUAAAUGAAGUUUCUUGUCUGUGUUUGUAACAUUGCCUGUUUGGUGUAGGAUGGGAAGUUGUGGGCUAUUCGAUUGUUAUCAGUAACAUGUUUAUCAUUAGCAGCAAAAAUGGAGGAAUGCAGUGCCCCUGCUUUUUCAGAAUUUCCUAUACAAGAUUACCAAUUUAAGAAUAAAACGAUUCAAAAAAUGGAGUUAUUGGUACUUACCACCUUGGAAUGGAAGAUGAGUUCAAUCACACCCUUUGCUUAUUUGGAUUAUUUCAUCCAUAAAUUUUAUGGUGAAUAUAGGCCUAAAGGGUUAGUCUCCAAAAUUAUGCAACUUAUCAUGUCAAUGAUAAAAGAAAUCAGUUUGGUGGAUCAUCGACCCUCGAUUAUUGCUGCGGCCGCAGUGUUAGCUGCUUAUGAUAGCCGAUUAACAAGAAAAUCAAUUGAUCUCAAUGUUGACUUCAUUUCAUUUUGGGGAACUCUAGAAAAUGAACAUAUAUUUUGGAGCUAUAAUAUGAUGCAGGAAAUAGAGAUGAGAAAAUCCAAGACACCAACAUCUGUUAUUUCUUCAAAUUAUUCAUCAGUAACUUAUAGCUCACUUGAUGCUAUUGAGACUUCUUCCGCUGUCAGUAAUGGAGCUGGCACUAAGAGGAAACUUACAUUCAAUGAGUCCGAUCGAAAUAGCCCACCGGCGAAGAAAUUGUAUCAGCUGUGAAUGAGUCAGAGUUUGGUAGUAGGAUUUGGGUUUAUUUAUUGGAUUACUUUGACCGUCUAAGAAAAAGAAAAGAUUGAUUAUUGCAAUUAGAUUUUGUUAGAUAGGUGUAAUGCAUGUUUUCAACCAUUUCAUUAAGAUUUGGUGUUGAUCCUUUGGGGGUUUCAUUUUCCAAUAACAAACUAUAGUUUUCAGCCUGCGAUAACCAAGUUAGAUAAAAACAAAGGGAUAGCUUUAGCCUAUAGUAAAAGAUAAGAAUCCAUCGGGAAGAGAUCUGUCAAGUGAAUGCCAGAAGCCAAUUGAAGAUCGUUCGGUUUAGUCGUUUUCUCAAGCGUUGCUUUGAAGAAUGCUACUGUUGCUUACCCGUUUCUUUCAAUUUGUUUGUAUUUUGUUCUUCCUUUUGAUGUUUUUGUUUUGACAAAGUAUAGUUAAAUAGAUAUAAUGACUUGCAACCUUGAGGCCUACCCCUUUUGAUGGGAGGGGGUGGACUUGGGAUGCUUCCUAUGUCUUUCAAAAGGCUGAAAGCCAUGAGGAAUGAGGAGCUGCUUUUGUUUGAUUUGAUUCA